AUGCACGCGACCGAGUCGCACUCAGAAAGGCUCGAGUUGGGGACGAGAGCGAGAGAGGAGCAAAAUCGCUGCCGAAGACGCGGCGGCGGCGGCGGCGGAGGAGACGAAGCUAGGGUUUUUCUUCCCCGGGAGAAUUCGCCAUGGUUCUUCUGCAGCCGGACCCGUUUUUGAAUGAGCUUACUAGCAUGUACGAGAGAAGUACAGAACAGGGCUCUGUUUGGGUUACUCUCAAACGAUCUUCCUUGAAGUCUAAGGUUCAAAGGAAUAAGUUGAAAACUGCUGGUGACCCGAUUGAGUACAGAUGCCUCAUACGUGCAACUGAUGGCAAAAAGACUAUCUCUACCUCGGUAGGAGCUAAAGAUCAUCAGCGCUUUCAAGCUUCUUAUGCCACGAUUCUCAAGGCACACAUGACUGCUCUAAAGAAGAGGGAGAGGAAGGACAAGAAAAAAGCUGCUGAAGGAGCGGGGUCGAAGAAGGCACGCCAAGGGUCGUGAGAGCCCAUUUUUCAUCAAGGCACGUGUGACUUCUCCCUAGAAAAAGGGAGAGGAAGGACAUGACAAGAUGCAGAAGUAUAGGGGGGGUUGAAGAAGAUACCACAAGGGUCGUGAAAGGCAAUUUUUCAUCAAGUUUUGUCAAUAUGAGUACAUUAUCCAUUGAUAUUGAAAUGCUUGAAGUCUCUGGGGUUUUUUCAA